CUGGGGUAGGUGCUGCCGAUGGAUUGGCUCAAAGUGCAGGUUGCGCACCACAAGCAAAUCGAAUCGAAACAGCGAACAGCGAAUAAAUGUUUAAAGUGCAAAUAGACGACAUUUAUCGGCGAGUUUUAUUGGUCAGCAUUCGAUAAAAUUAACAGGCGCCGAUCGGAUCGUUGAAGGCUGCUGGUGGUGGUGCUGUGGCGGUGGCGGUGCUCCCUGAUGGUUGAACCAGCCAACGGUUGUAAUACAUAGCACGCAACACCGCAAACGGAAACAGCCCAUGAAGACUCCUUCGACCCAAUUGGUGUCCAUCGCCGAGCAGGAGAUGGCCGCUGCCGCCCUGGCAGCAUUGGCCCGUCAGGAGGCGGAUGAGCAGGCCAACUACUUGGGCUGCCUGGAGGAUAUGCAGCUGUUUGCCCCGCUGAAUGAGCUGAGGGGCGACGACACUGAUGUCAUGGAGAUGCUGUCGCCGGGGGCAGACUUUGACCUGAUCGAUCUGGUGAACGGGGCCCUGGAUCCCACAGACAGUCCCACGCUAUUGAAGAAAAAGUCCAGGCGGAGCACCAAACAGGUGCAGGGAGCACCGCAUGUCUGCGAAGUGUGCGGCAGACGCUUCUCGGAGGCCUAUAACCUGCGCAUACACAAGAUGACACACACGGACGAGAGGCCGCAUGUGUGCGAUCGCUGCGGCAAAGGGUUCCGGCAGUUGAACAAGCUGCGCAUCCACUAUGUCACCCAUACGCCGGAUCGGCCGCACAAAUGCGACAUAUGUGGCAAGGGCUUUCGCUAUGCCAACUACCUGGCCGUCCAUCGUCGUCUCCACACUGGCGAGAAGCCGUAUUCGUGUCUGGUCAAGGAGUGCGAUCAGACUUUUCACUCAAUUCAUGCGCGUCGCAUCCACUCGAAGCUGCAACAUGCGGCUCCAGUUUCAUCGGAUGCGGUGGAGGCGACCACAGCCGUCACUUCCUCACUGAGCUACACCUGCCCCAUCUGCGGCCGGGUGCUCACAGAUCAGUGCUACCUGAACACGCACCUGAAGCGGCACUAUAACCAGCGUGACUUCCCCUGCCCGCAGCCGGAAUGCGGCAAGCGCUUCUUCAGCGCGUCAGAGGUGAAGCAUCACCAGAUCGCCCACACCCAAUAUCGUCCGUACGCGUGCACCCAGUGCCCAGCCCGAUUCCUAAGGAAAUCGAAUUACAAACAGCAUUUGAAGAUACACGAGCGCUGAGACUCUCCUCAAGAGGGUCUCACUUUUGUUUGUUUGUUUGUCUUUGCCUUUGUUGUUGGGUUUGGUUUAGCUUUUUGUUUGGUUUUAAUUGAUGUAAGUGUUUAUUUAAAUAUACGUUCCAUAUGUUUGUCUUUAUCUGUAUAUUAGAUAUAUAUAUAUAUAUAUAUAUAUAUAUAUAUAUAUACUUGUGUAUUCAUACGUUGUGUAUAUGUACGUACGUACGUAUGGUAUGGGUAGUAUUCUCCUCCCGUUGAUCUGACUUUUUAAAGGGCUCUUCUGCUGUUGAUCUCUGUGUGUGUUGUGUGUAAGCAUAACUUAUCGAUUAAAUUACAUUACAUUAUUUGUGUGCGUGGGAGGGGGGCAUAUGGUCUACCAAGAGUAUACAUUACAAUAUAUAAAAAACAAGCGAUUGGUUUGGUUUAGCUUAAAUUAACGAUUGAUUACGAUUAAGGGCUGUGUCUCCGUGGCGAUGCCAAUCGUGAUUAGAUCCAUAUAAUUUAUUCGGUUGAUGUUCCCAAAGAUCACUUCAACGUUCCAAAAACAUAUAAAAACAAACCGAAAAAAAAGAAGCCACUCGCAUACAAAUAUUUUUGGUUGAAUGAUGUUUAAAAAAAAAAAAAAAAA